AACAAAAACCCAGCCAAGCCGACAGCCUUCCUUUGAAAAAAACCGGUAAAAGCUUGGCGAUUUCUCCUUCUUUUCUUGUUCUAGAACACAUAUAGAACCCAGAAAUUCCCCCCCCCCCUCUGCAGAAAUCGGGAUCUGCUCUGCUCUGUCCGUCCGGUUGCUGCUCUUGCCGGUUUGUGGGUGCAAAUUCCUUUGAUUUUUCGUAGUUUCCCCUAAAUUUCCCUGCACUUCCCGCCGGCUUCCCCAAUCUGCAGCUGGAAAAUUCUGGUAUGUUGACAGCUCCUCCAAGCCCGAAAUUUCAUCAAUUAGUUGCUGAAUUUGUCCAUUUAUUUACUGCCCUUUUUGUCCGAAUUUUCUGCUGGAAAUAGGGGAGAAAUUUGACAGUAAUUAGACCAUGAUUUAGCUUAAUUCAUGUAGAAAAUUAGUUUAUUUUGGCUGCCGUGAGAUUUUGGAGAAAAUCCCGUGAGAUUAGCUAUGGUUUUGCCAAUUUUUGGAAUGCAGUUACUGUUCACGGCGUGAGCACUGUUCACGGGCCUGUUCAUGCACUGAUGACCAACAAUGUGGAGAUUGAUAGAAAUAGCAUCGUGAUUAGGUGGUAGUCAUGGUAAUUUUACUUUUGAACCCGUGGUACGAUAAUUAAUUUUUGGAUAUUUUGAUUAGGUUCCUAAUCGUUCUGUCAGUUUAGAGCACUUGGAUUGAGUCCUCGGUUUUACACGAGUGAGGAAGUGAAGUCAAGGACGGGGAAAAACGAGGUGAGUGAUGAGUUAGAAGGCUAGCCACUUGUAAUUUGAUAUAGAUUUUAGAUAUAAAUCAUGAUCUUAUAAGCUAGAUUUUAAUUGGAGAUUUUAUAAAUUCAUUGAAUGGAUUGUUAGUUUACAAGAGAUUUGACCUUGAGAUUUUGAGCUUAAGUCAUGUUGGACAUGAAAUUAUUUUGAAAUAUCUUAUUUAAGUUAUUGGAUUGACAGAUGUGAAUUGGAUAAGUUCCGAGCUUUGUGCAUUUGUGGGAUCCUCUCAUGAGUGCACGGUGUCUGUCACGUCCCCGGAUUUGGGUUCUGGGGUGUGACACCAACUUUUGUCCUAAGUUUCGAGUGGACCUUCCAAGGAUGGGCAACUUUAUGGAAUGCCCAUUUACAUGGACCCUGCUGAGUAACGAGUCUCACACCAUAAGCGGGCUCCGUAUACAAUGCCUGAUAGUUCUAUUCAAUCAUCUUAAGGAGUGGUAUAGAUAGUUGGAAAUAUGUACAUGGUUGAAUGUAUUUUUGUACUUUGUUUACAAGAGAAAAGUUCAAUUUUUAAGGGAAACUUUGUCGAAUUUUUUAUAAAUUUAUAAUGAGUUA